GCUCUGGAGAAAGAUGAAGACAUUUCUCGUCGUCUUGUUGGCUGCCAUCCUGUGCAUUGAGCGAGCUUCCUCUCUAAUGUGUUACACAUGUGAUAGCGAGAGGUACCGGAAGAACUGCCUGUCAACUAUCACUACAUGCAACGACAAUGACAGAUAUUGUGUGAUCCUCCGUAAAAACAUAGGAACUUAUCGCAAGCGGCCUAAAUACAUCACCACCAAGAUGUGCUCUCAAGAGUGUCCAGAAAUGAGCACGAAACAAAACAGAACAAGCACCAGAGUUUUUUGCUGCGAUAAGCCAUUAUGCAACGCGAGCGGAGACAGCAGCACGAGAAACAGCUAUGUGAUGCUCUCCUUAGGGACUUUGGCCAGCUUUAUUUAUAUCCUCCGAUCUGGACCGUGAUGGGUCAGGAAAAAAAGCCACACACCCAUCCCAUAUAGAGACUCGAUGGUGAAAUAAAAUAAUUAAUCCACUCACAAAGCAGUGCUAUGCAACCAGAUGAGUGGGCCUUUC